ACGACUGGCCUUUUUAUACUUGUGCUCACAUAUUCUUAUGCACACCAGAAAAAAAGAAUUGAACCCACAAAUUUUGUGUGAUCCUACACUCAGAUCCCAGCAGCAACCCUGAGGUUUCUGUGUAGCAGAAUCUCACUGCUUUACAGUGUCAAACGGUGCGUGCAUGGAGUCGUAUACAUUGCUAAGAUUGAGAGUGACUAAAUAUGUUUUCUUCCAGGGCUGAAAAACUAAAUUAUAGUGUGUUCAUACACAUGGAAUAUUUUUCAUCUAAUACAAAGGAGGUGGGCUUAUGACAUAUCAAAAUGAAACAACUCUUCGAGUUAUUUUGUUAAAAGAAAAAAGUGAGUUGCAGAGCAGUAUCUAUAGUCUGCCACCAUUCAUGUAAAGUUGCUCACUGUGUUAUAAGACAAUACAGUGUGUGCAGAUGGAGUCGGGGAAGGCUUGGAUGGCUGAGAGGAACUGCACAGCUGAGGUAAGGGAGCCUGGUGCGUAGAGUUAGUAGAUCCUCAGUACCCAGUCAGUGACUACCCUCGUUGCUAUCAGCAGAAUGUUAGUGUAGAUAAGAGCUGCAGCUAUUUCCAGCCCAGGAGAUAAGAAGAUUGCAGUGAGCUGAUCCUGGCGGUGUUGUUAUCAUUUCUUCUGAUAGUUGAUUUCUCAGUUCUUCUUGUAGCUAAAACUGGUAGUGUGAAAUUUAUCCCUGAAGAAAGUGUCGUUAACAGUGGCUAUCAGAAGAAAUAGAGAAAUCGAUAAUUGUGAUUCUCACUGGUAUAUUCCAGUAUUAGUGAAUGUAGUCCACUUACAAAUGCUGACUGAAUGCUUAGAGUUUUUCUUGAAGCUUCUAAGUUCUGUGAUAAAUAAUUGGCCACUGUGACAAUGAGACAUAGGUCAUUAAAGUGCAUUCCAUUAUGAUAAGUUAGCAGUUCAGUUCCUUGAAAUUUUAAUCUAACAGGGUAUAUUAAAUGGAAAUACAUUUUCUAUAAUGAAACUUCAAAAAGGAAGGAAUCCGCUAUUUUCAAUCCUGGCGUAACUGGCACUCAACAUCUCGAUGAAAACGGUUGGAAAAGAAAAGCUUUCAAAGCCAUUCUGUUCUCAGAGUACCCAAGCCAACUAAACUGUGAGACGUGAAUGCCUUUCCUUUGUGCGCCCGCCCGCUUCACAUGGAGGACAAGAGAUUAUUCUCUACAAUGGCUGACUUCCAGAAUUCUUGCCUGAAUGCUUUUUGUCAAGUAUAUAUUCCCUUCUUUAGGCCUUUCUAUAUAGAGCCUACCAACAUUGUCAAUGUGAAUGAUGUCAUUCAGAGGGUUAGUGACCAUGCUGCUGCUAUGAACAAGCGGAUUCACUACUACAGCCGGCUCACCACUCCUGCAGACAAGGCACUGAUUGCUCCAGACCAUGUAGUCCCUGCUCCGGAGGAAUGCUAUGUGUAUAGUCCAUUGGGCUCUGCCUAUAAACUUAAGAGUUACACUGAAGGCUAUGGUAAAAACACCAGCUUAGUUACUAUUUUUAUGAUUUGGAAUACCAUGAUGGGGACAUCUAUACUAAGUAUUCCUUGGGGCAUAAAACAGGCUGGAUUUACCACUGGGAUGUGUGUCAUCGUGCUGAUGGGCCUUCUGACACUUUACUGCUGCUAUAGAGUGGUGAAGUCCCGGAGUAUGAUAAGUACAUCGGACACAAGUACCUGGGAAUAUCCAGAUGUCUGCAAACAUUAUUUUGGCUCCUUUGGGCAAUGGUCAAGUCUCCUUUUCUCCUUGGUGUCUCUCAUUGGAGCAAUGAUAGUUUAUUGGGUGCUUAUGUCUAAUUUUCUUUUUAAUACUGGAAAGUUUAUUUUUAAUUUUAUUCAUCACAUUAAUGACACAGACACUGUACUGAGCACCAAUAAUAGCAACCCUGUGAUAUGUCCAAACGCUGGCAGUGGUGGCCGUCCUGACAACAGUUCCAUGAUUUUCUACAACAACACAGAAGUGCAGUUGUUUGAGAAGUGGUGGGACAAGUCCAGAACAGUGCCCUUCUACCUUAUAGGGCUCCUCUUGCCGCUGCUCAACUUCAAGUCUCCUUCAUUCUUCUCCAAAUUUAAUAUCCUGGGAACGGUGUCUGUCCUCUAUUUGAUUUUCGUUGUUACCCUGAAGGCUGUUCGCUUAGGAUUCCAUCUGGAAUUUCACUGGUUUGCGCCAACAGAAUUUUUUGUACCAGAGAUAAGAGCUCAGUUUCCACAGCUGAUGGGGGUGCUUACUCUGGCCUUCUUUAUUCACAAUUGCAUCAUCACACUCUUGAAAAACAACAAGAACCAAGAAAAUAAUGUGAGAGACCUAUGCAUUGCUUAUAUGCUGGUGACAUUGACUUAUCUCUAUAUUGGUGUCCUGGUUUUUGCCUCAUUCCCUUCGCCUCCAUUACCCAAAGAUUGUAUUGAACAGAACUUCUUAGACAACUUCCCCAGCAGUGACAUCCUGUCCUUCAUUGCGAGGAUAUUCCUGCUGUUCCAGAUGAUGACUGUAUAUCCACUCUUAGGCUACUUGGCUCGUGUCCAGCUCUUGGGCCAUAUCUUCGGUGACAUUUAUCCUAGCAUUUUCCAUGUGCUGAUUCUUAACUUAGUUAUUGUGGGAGCUGGAGUAACCAUGGCCUGUUUCUACCCAAACAUAGGAGGGAUCAUAAGGUAUUCGGGAGCAGCAUGCGGCCUGGCUUUCGUGUUCAUAUACCCAUCUCUCAUCUAUAUAAUCUCCCUUCAUCAAGAGGAGCGUCUGACGUGGCCUAAGUUGGUGUUUCACGUUAUCAUCAUCAUUUUGGGCCUGGCGAACCUGAUUGCUCAGUUUUUCAUGUGAAAACUCUCUUCUCAAGAUUUCUCAUGGUAUUCUGAACCUUGGCAACGGUUGUGCAUAAAAGAACUUGAAAAUGC